GCCGUCGGGCUGGGCGGUGGCCAAGCGGACGGGAGCCGGGUGCGAGCCCGGUGGAAGCAACGUGAGCCGGUCCGCGGCCACCAUGUCGGCGCCGUGUGAGGAGGAGGAGUACGCGCGGCUGGUGAUGGAGGCGCAGCCCGAGUGGCUGCGCGCCGAGGUGAAGCGGCUGUCGCACGAGCUGGCCGAGACCACGCGCGAGAAGAUCCAGGCGGCCGAGUAUGGGCUGGCGGUGCUCGAGGAGAAACACCAGCUCAAGCUGCAGUUCGAGGAGCUCGAGGUGGAUUACGAGGCCAUCCGCGGCGAGAUGGAGCAGCUCAAGGAGGCAUUUGGACAGGUGCACACGAACCACAGGAAGGUGGCCGCGGAUGGUGAGAGCCGGGAGGAGAGUCUGAUCCAGGAGUCGGCCUCCAAGGAGCAAUACUACGAGCGCAAGGUGCUGGAGCUGCAGACGGAGCUGAAGCAGCUGCGCAACGUGCUCGCCAACGCUCAGUCGGAGGGCGAGCGCCUGGCCUCGGUGGCACAGGAGCUGAAGGAGAUCAAUCAGAACGUGGAGCUUCAGCGGGGCCGCCUCCGGGAUGACAUCAAGGAGUACAAGUUCCGGGAGGCCCGCCUGCUGCAGGACUACUCGGAGCUGGAGGAGGAGAACAUCAGCCUGCAGAAGCAGGUGUCUGUGCUCAGGCAGAACCAGGUGGAGUUUGAGGGUCUCAAGCAUGAGAUCAAGCGUCUGGAGGAGGAGACCGAGUACCUCAACAGCCAGCUGGAGGACGCCAUCCGGCUCAAGGAGAUCUCGGAGCGGCAGCUGGAGGAGGCGCUGGAGACGCUGAAGACGGAGCGGGAGCAGAAGAACAGCCUGCGCAAGGAGCUGUCGCACUACAUGAGCAUCAACGACUCCCUCUACACCAGCCACCUGCACGUUUCUCUGGACGGCCUCAAGCUCAGCGAGGACGCCGAGGCCCUGGCUAAUGGCUUUGAGCACGGCUGCCUGGCUAAGCUGCCCCUGGACAACAAGACCUCCACGCCCACCAAGGACGGCCUGGCCCCGCCCUGUCCCGGCCUCGUGUCCGACCUCCUCAGUGAGCUCAACCUCUCGGAGGUCCAGAAGCUGACGCAGCAGCUGGUGCAGGUGGAGCGGGAGAAGGCGGGCCUGCUAGCCACGCUGCAGGAUGCACAGAAGCAGCUGGAGCAGGCUCGAGGGGCCCUGUCGGCGCAGCGGGAGGAGGUGAGCCGCCUCACCGAGAGCCUGAGCGCUCUGCAGCGCCUGCAGGCUGGCAAGGAGCGACGCACGGCCCUGGACAGCGAGAAGGAGCGCGACAGCCAUGAGGAUGGCGACUACUACGAGGUGGACAUCAAUGGGCCUGAGAUCCUGGCCUGCAAGUACCGUGUGGCCCUGGCAGAGGCAGGUGAGCUCCGGGAGCAGCUGAAGGCCCUGCGCAGCGCACACGAGGCCAGCGAGGCCCGGCACGCUGAGGAGAAGGGCCGCCACGAGGCCGAGAGCCAGGCGCUCGCCGAGAAGGUGUCUCUGCUGGAGAAGGCCAGCGGCCAGGACCGCGAGCUGCUGGCCCGGCUGCAGACAGAGCUGAAGAAGGUCAGUGACGUCGCGGGUGAGACUCAGGGCAGCCUGAGUGUGGCCCAGGAUGAGCUGGUGACCUUUAGCGAGGAGCUGGCCAGCCUCUACCACCACGUGUGCAUGUGCAACAACGAGACGCCCACCCGUGUCGUGCUGGACUACUACCGUGAGGGCCCAGCUGGCGCAGGCCACUGCAGUCCCGAAGCCCACGGACACCGCUCACCAGUCCUGCCCAAGGGGCCGCUGGCUGCAGAGGGCGGGGCUGGGGACAGCAGCCUCUCACUGCCCUCACCCCUGAGUGACCCUCGCCGGGAGCCCAUGAACAUCUACAACCUGAUUGCCAUCAUCCGUGACCAGAUCAGGCACCUGCAGGCGGCCGUGGACCGCACCACGGAGCUGUCGCGGCAGCGCCUGGCCUCCCAGGAGCUGGGCCCCGGCACAGACAAGGACCGGGAGGCGCUCAUGGAGGAGAUCCUCAAGCUCAAGUCUCUGCUCAGCACCAAGCGGGAGCAGAUCACCACCCUGCGCACCGUGCUCAAGGCCAACAAGCAGACAGCCGAGGUGGCCCUUGCCAACCUGAAGAGCAAGUACGAGAACGAGAAAGCCAUGGUGACCGAGACUAUGAUGAAGCUGCGCAACGAACUCAAGGCCCUUAAGGAGGACGCAGCCACCUUCUCCUCGUUGCGCGCCAUGUUCGCCACCAGGUGUGACGAAUACAUCACACAGCUGGACGAGAUGCAGCGGCAGCUGGCGGCCGCCGAGGAUGAGAAGAAGACGCUCAACUCCCUGCUGCGCAUGGCCAUCCAGCAGAAGCUGGCGCUGACCCAGCGGUUGGAGCUGCUGGAGCUGGACCACGAGCAGACCCGGCGGGGCCGUACCAAGGCCGCCCCCAAAGUCAAGUCCAGCACCCCAAGCCUGUAGAUUAGCUGCCGGGAGAACUCGGCCGCCGGCCCUGUCACUCUGCACCCCCUUCCCUCCCCCCCCGUGGGCCCACGCAGAGGAAGGAAGGGCGGCCUAAAGUCCACUUAGGAACGUUUUUGGAUAUGCCACUGCAGAUAGCAUUGCUGAGUGUUUAACGGCAGAGGGAAAAGCUUUCAAGGUCAGAAAGCUGCAGCCGCUGCUGGGAAGGGCUCUUGUACAAGCGCUUGAAGAACCUGCUGGGACCGGCCGCCAGGCUCACUUAGGAACCCGCUAGAAACGCCCACACGGGCUCCCUGUUACAGAAGCUCCUCAUUGGAUCAACUUGUGCACUUUUGAUAUUUUGAUAUUACACUUGCUUCCUUAGUCCCUUGCAUAGAGAUGGUCUCAUGCUGUGGUCGCCUUGUCCUGGGGCGCGGGCUUAGCACCUGACGUGCUGUUGGACGUCAGCGUGUGGCACAGAGGUGUCCUCGUGUGCAGCUCUAGACUGCUCAAAGGCUCCGACCCGCAGGGAGCUCGGCUGAACACCCACGCUGCAGGCCAGCAGCCUUAGCUCAUGUGGCAUUGUGGCUCAUGUUUGAAAUUAACAGUUUCAAACGCCAUGCUCGUUAAGAAAUCCAGGGUGUUCCGAUUCUGGGGUUUUCAUAUUGUAUUAUUAUUAUUCUUAGGAAUAGUUCAAUGUAACAAGAAGAAAACUUGACCUUUGCUCUGGUUAAACAGUUAUAGGCACUUGGAAAAAAAAAAGAUAAAUUAUUGAAUGAGUAGUAUUACCUACAAAUUCCAGAAUUUUCUGGGUUUUAGGAUGUCGUGAAGCAUGACUGAUUAACAGAAUUUUAUACAACUGUACCAGUAAAAUUCCAAAUUGGAAUUGUUUUGUUACUCUGGUUUUGUGCCAAAUUGUGGUACACUUAGAAAAUUCUACAGUCGUCAAAUUUUAGGGUGUUCUGUUUCAACACCUUUUUCUUAGUAAUCAUUGCCAGUAGUGCCUUCAUCAGUUAAGGGAGGUGUCCCAGCCUAGUUUAUUCUCUAAAAUGGACAGUGAAGAGCUAGUUGGGAAUGUUGGAGGCCAUUGUGGACUAACAGGUGUGAAACGGGGUACACUUCACACCUGGACCUGGGCAUCUUCGUGGAGGGAAAGAAAACAGCAAUUGUACAAAAUUCUGUCAGUCAGUGAUUCUUUACUGUGCAGGUCCUUGCAAAUUGAGGGGCUGAGCAAUGAAAGUGGACACAAGCCUUGAGUGCUCUGGGAACCAAACGGACUUUAUGGGACAAGCUAAGCAGGCGGUGUGAGGGACAUGCCGUGUUUGUGAAGAGCCACGGGCAGCAAGGAAGCGGGGAGAGGGACUAGCCAUAGUAUUCUUCGCAAACGUGAGAAAAAGAUGUCAUAUAUUCUCUUGCUUGGUGUACCUAAUCACUGUUAGCUUCAGGAAACAGAACUUGCUAAAUAAAACUUCUUAGCAGACUGGUCUGCCCGUUUGCUGAGUGAGGCUGAGUGGUCAUACUGGUACUCAGAGGACGAGCAGAUGUCCUUUCUCCUCCAAAUACAGGACAAAAGCUAACAAGUGGUAAGACAGAAAGGGUUCUGUUCCCUGGAAUGAGCAUUUCUUACUCCUCGUUGUAGGGACUCCCUUUGUACCUUCUGUUACAGUGCUGGUUCAUAAGAAAGGUUACAUUAUGAUAACUUCAUCUAUAUGGGUAUUUAUUUGCAAUGUCUGAGUACUGUAUUUUUUUCUAUGCAUUGCCUAGUGUCAGAGUGGUGUUGUCUUUAUUAAGAUCGUAUGCAUGUCCUCCUGCCAAGGAACCUUUACGCAGACCCACACAGACAGACAACGGUGGCUUCAGAUGCCGAGAAAAUGAGGCGAGGGUGGAGAAGGAAUGGGAAGGAUAAGUCGGCCGUGAUGUGGGACAGGCGUGGUGCGAAAGCCCUCCGAGCCGUGCACAUAGGAACGGUGGGCCUGGGUGAAGGGUCACGUUGGUGGGACCAGUAAAUAAAGAGUAAGACAAAGACAAA